CUAUGCUAUACGAUUCAGAGGGCUUUAUGGACGAACAUGGCCAGUGCAAUUCCCACCAUGCACUGAUCGGGAUACCUUCAAGGUUCUUUAUGGUGUUGACCCUAGCCUUGCUGAGAAAAUCGGUAAACGUCACAUUGUCCAGAUCUUUAUUAGUUUUGCUCAAAGGCUGACGCUACCUGUGUCCAGAUUACAUGCCGACAGUUCAAGUACUGGAGAGACAUGCCACGGUCCGCGCUUCGUGUAGAUUUCAAAUGACCGCCCUGUUCGAGGAGAAAUUUCAAGCAUUCAUACGCGCUUUGAAAGCCACAGACUACGCUGGUGAUUACCUGAAUUUCCAAUCAGAUCAGGUUGCAGAGCUUCUGUUCGCAUACCAAGAGUUCUGGAAGGCUAGCAGCCAGUGCCAGCCACUAUGGUGAUCCUAGGGGACUGCUUCCAUACUUACUAUUUGGCAGUCCUCCUGCAGAAAAAAUAAUGGGGACUAUAUAACUAUUCUUAGUAUUAUAUGUCCCUUACACAUGAGGUAUAGAUGUUAUAAGAAACUGUGGACCAAUAUAAUACUGUAUCAGCUAGAAAUGGCUGUCUUGACACCUUUUUAGUCAAACGGUAUGGCUGACAGAAACAGAAUAAAAAGAAAUACAAGGACA